AUUUCUACCGCGUUGGAGAGUGACGUGGCGGGUGGAGGAGGGGGGGUUGUUGGACGCCGGAGACCAAAGAUUUUUACUUUUGCCCCCGUAGAAGCAAGGCGGCUGCCACCCGUAGUGACCGGCCGCUAAUGUGCCGCUUCAUUCUCGGCGGAUUGUAAUUAAAUUACUGCACUUAGCCGUAUUCAUCAGGGUAGAAAGGAGGGAAGUGCCUCGACCAGUAGCAAUACAGCCUGCUAGUUAAAUUAGUUUAUUCAGUUCUUAGUUGGACAAUAAACCAUGGGCCUGACGAUCUCCAGCGUCUUUUCUCGCCUCUUUGGAAAGAAGCAGAUGCGGAUCCUGAUGGUUGGCCUGGAUGCUGCUGGAAAGACCACAAUCCUGUACAAACUGAAGCUAGGGGAAAUUGUCACCACAAUUCCCACUAUAGGGUUCAACGUGGAGACCGUUGAGUAUAAGAACAUCUGCUUCACGGUGUGGGACGUGGGCGGCCAGGACAAGAUCAGGCCCCUCUGGAGACACUACUUCCAGAACACACAGGGUCUCAUCUUUGUCGUGGACAGCAACGAUCGUGAGCGAGCGCAGGAGGCGUCGGAGGAGCUGCAGAAGAUGCUGCAGGAGGAUGAACUGCGGGACGCCGUGCUGCUGGUGUUCGCCAACAAGCAGGACUUGCCCAACGCCAUGCCGAUCAGCGAGAUGACGGACAAGCUGGGCCUGCAGACGCUGAGGAGCAGGACUUGGUACGUGCAGGCGACCUGCGCCACCCAGGGGACGGGGCUGUACGAGGGGCUCGACUGGCUAUCAGACCAACUCUCCAAGCGCUAAUCUGCAGCAUGCAGUCAGCAUGCCUUUGCUUAACCAGGGACACGAUCGACGCCGCUGAUCUCGGCUUGGGAGAAACUCGCCUGGCUUUUUUUUUUUUUUUUUCCUCCUGCCCCCUCCCUUAGCCCCUGCCCCUGUUUGAUCAAUAUGGCAUUCAGCUGGGAAGGCUCGGCAGCCCCUCCCACCAGCUGUGCCCCCUCUUUGUUUGGUUGUUUUUGAUUGUUUGUUUUUUUUUUUUUUGCUUUCCAUUCACGUCCUUCAUUGUCACGCAUAUGUUCUGAUAUGUGCGACAAGACGCACUUCAGACAACUGAACCGCCAGACUGUGUGUUUGGGCGACAGCGUCUUCAACUGGUGCCGCUGUUAAAAGUUUAGUUAAUUGUCCAGAUGCUUGUGGACCAAUUUCAUGAAACUCCUCCCCCCCCCCCCCCCCCCCCCCCCCCACACACAAACCUUUGUUUUAUAGAAAUGUAGCCCCCAAAUGUAGCCCUGUCAUUCUGCAUCACUGUCCCUCCUGGCCAAAUUGCUGGACUCUGGCUUUGUGUGUAAAUAGAGGCAAGCGUUCUCUGAUAGUUAUAACUGAUUAGAUGCAUCCCACCUCCAUUCCCUGACCCUGCUAAGGAUUUCCUGUCAUUUUUCUGUUGCUUACUACCCUGAUUUCAUUUACACUUCUGGAAGGAUAUACAUUUUAACUUAUUAGGCCAGUCCAAGUUCUGCUGCAAUUUUUUAUAUGUACUUUUUAUGUUAAACUGAUUUAAGCCAGAUCAGCAUCUUCAUAAAAUUUCAGCUAUGGGAAACAUUCCCCCCCUUUUUUUUGUUGUAAAAGUAAACUACUUCAAAUCUGAGCAUCUUCAUUUUUGCCAUUUUACCAAUGUAAUUCCUAAUAAAACAACAUAAAAUUGA